AUGCUUCUCAGCGGCGAUCCCGUCAAGGCCGCGCGAUGUUUCCAGGAGGUUUCGCGCGUCUUCUGUGACUGGCCGCUGUUGUGGCUUCGACUGGCAGAGUGCUGCAUUCUCGCCCACCAGCAACAGCAGGAGGAUGGGGAUUAUUAUGUGAAGCAGCAGAAGGAGGCAGAUCAUCAUGAAAAGCAGCAAGAGGAGCAGGACGAUAAUCAAAAGCAGCAAGGCUCACUUAGAUCCAGCAGCAUGACGGUGACCGUGAUGAGCGGCGGAAGGAACGAGGACACGUGGCAGUAUGUCCUGCUGCCAGCUGGCACGCGCGGCGACGGAUCCGAAGUCAAGUCAGAAACAGGGGUUCACGCUGAAAGCACGGACAGAAGCUCUCCAGUCAAAUCGACGGCUCGCGACGGCGCUGGAGCAGGUGAAUCGACGGCCCUCAGCGGGCUUGCUGAUCUCAUGGCGAGGCGAGUGCGAGGGGAUGCAGGAGCGAGCCUCGCGUGGGUGGAGCUCUCCCUCCUCAACCACCUUGCCUGCCUUGCCACCACCCAACACGCGCUCUCCCUGCUCAACACCCGCAACAACCCUCCCCCUCACUCCGCAAACGACCCACGCACACAGCAUACCUCACAGAAAACUUUUAGCUCUGACAGGAGCUCGGACCCGUGGCAGCGCAGCGCCCUGCGCAUGUACGCAGCAGAGGCUCUUUGCCUCCUGGGCCGCCCUGCCGACGCCCUGAGCCUUCUCUCCGAGUGCCUUGUCGAGUUCCUGGAAGCUUCGCCUCCCACAGCUGGCACAGGGUCGGCAGGAGGAGCAUCAGGCGCAGCAGCUGCAGGAGGAGCCGCAGGAGCAGCAGCAGCAGCAGCAGCAGGGGGGAAAUGGAGGGAGUGGAGGGAGAGCGUGUAUGUGAAUCUGGCUGCUCUGCACGCCAUGAAGGGCGACCUUGCAGAGGCUCGGGUAUGCGCUGACAAGGCAAGGGGGAGAAGGGAAGGUGGAAAAGGGGUCGCAGGGGGUGAGGAAUUCACGUGUGCUGGUGGCAUGGCUUUAGUGGUGCAGGCCUAUUUAGAGCUUAGAGAAGCGAUAGAGGGUCAUGGGGAUGAAAAGGGUGAUCAGCAGCAUGAUCGGGGUGUGAAUGCUGGGCGGUGGGAGGAGAGGUGUGACGCGGCUCUGCGUCUACUGCAGCAGUCCAACAUGGUGUGCUUUAGAAUGUGUAGCGGUAACAGCAUGGGAGCUUGA